AUGUCGAGCCAACCUCUCCUCCAAACCGCUCCGGGCAAGCGAAUUGCGCUCCCCACUCGCGUCGAGCCCAAAGUUUUCUUCGCCAACGAGCGCACCUUCCUCUCCUGGCUCAAUUUCACUGUCAUCCUCGGCGGUCUGGCCGUCGGCCUCCUGAACUUCGGCGACCGCAUCGGCCGCAUCUCCGCCGCCCUCUUCACCGUCAUCGCCAUGGGCGCCAUGAUCUACGCCCUCGUUACAUUCCACUGGCGAGCACAGAGUAUUCGCCGCCGUGGGCAGAGCGGUAUCGACGACCGAUUCGGUCCUACCAUCCUUGCCAUUGCGCUUCUUGCCGCUGUUGUGGUGAACUUCAUUCUGCGCAUUAAGGGUGGGCAAUGA